AUGUGUGCGGCGGAGGACUGGCCAGGAAUACCAAGAAGUGACAUUCCGAGGCGAGGACCUACAGUGACAGAUCAGAACCGCCAGGAUGGACGUAGGCGUGGUCGGUUGUGGAGUGAGGAAGUGGAGGAAAUGCAACGUGAGGUGGAGCAUGAGGGUGCAGUGCAGCAAUUGAGUGCGUCUGCUGAGGAUGUGAUCCACGAGGCGGAAAAGGACGUACCAAAUGACGUAGAAAUUGACGUCGUGCUUGAGACAGUUUUGCAGGAGAUGUUCCCUAAAUCGGAGGAAGCCUUGACAGAGGUAACGACGGGAGACCAGGUACAGGGACAAGGGGAAGCAUGCGGGUCUGAAGAAAGGAAUGUAAUGUCGGCUUGGCCAAGUAGUGAGAAGGGGAAUGAGGUGAUAGAGGUGGAGGUGCACAAUGAGGAAGGUCAGGAGACUAGCAUGGCGGAAGAGGAAGUGUCGAGGAAGCGGGCAGCUGUCACGGGACUGGAACAGGUGUGGAACCAGCACUUCGAGUCACUCUUCAUGAACCUGCCCAACAUGUGGACCUUUGGACCUAUCGAUGACAUUCCUGCAGGCUGGUCCAUCUUCAAGGACAUGGCUAAAGUCCGCUUCUCUUGUCAGAGGUGUUCACACGGCUGGACCAGCAUGUACGGUCUGGUCAUCUUCUACUACCAGUGGGAUCUCUCAAUCAACCAGGGCAAUGUGAGAUUCCUCCUGACGGGGCAGAAGUGCAAUCAGUGUUGUCCUCCGGGCUUCGAGACUCCUAUGUGGUACCCUGAGGAGGCGCAGAAGGUGAUGACGAACUUGUACCAUGAAGUGGCUGGGAGAGUCUAUCAUCUACAGACCCCACCAUUAAUCAGGGACCGUCGCCAUGGUCGACCCAGACACCAACACAACUCUACCAUGUGUGAGGCUUGUCACCAGGGUCUGUGUAAGACCACAAGACCAACCUCACUGUGAGACUUGUCACCAGGGUCUAAGACCACAAGACCAACCUCACUGUGAGACUUGUCACCAGGGUCUAAGACCACAAGACCAACCUCAUUGUCAGACUUGUCACUAGGGUCUAAGACCACAAGACCAACCUCACUGUGAGCUUGUCACCAGGGUCUAAGACCACAAGACCAACCUCACUCUGAGACUUGUUACCAGGGUCUAAGACCACAAGACCAACCUCACUGUGAGGCUUGUCACCAGGGUCUAAGACCACAAGACCAACCUCACUGUGAGGCUUGUCACCAGGGUCUAAGACCACAAGACCAACCUCACUGUGAGGCUUGUCACCAGGGUCUAAGACCACAAGACCAAC